ACCUGCCACAGCAUCCUUUUAUUGCCGUCACCCAUCUAUACCAAAACACUACGGGACUGUCGGAAAUAAGAAUAUAGUCAAUUUUCUUUGGUUUAGGAUGUACAUAGUUCAUCAAUGAAUCAGAAUAAGGAAUUUAUCUGCUAAUCAGGUGGUAUUACUAUGACUGCAAAAAUAAAAUGACCGAUUGUAUCAUUAGCUAGAGCGUUACAUAUAUUUUAACUCAUAUCGGCACCAUGUCCCUCUUUCAUAGUAAACUGUAUUAUAUGGUGAGGGUAUAAGACAGGUCGUUGAUGGAGGAGUCCUAAUAGAAUCCUUGUGCAGCAUCAAAAAUUAAAAUGCACGAAUAGAGGAUUGUCUUCAACCACAAGGUGUGUGUGUGUGUGUGAGGUUGCGAGGCGGUGACCCAGGUAGAGUCCAGCGGAGAUUGGAGGCCAGGCCCAGGGGCUGACUGACCGCAUGCCCGUAGCCGUGGGUGGGGCUCUGAGGCGGCCCCGCCCUCCACCAUGACGCGGCUGAUGUUGGGCCGGACCCUGGAGCGCAUCUGCAAGGCGGUCCUGCUCCUCUGCCUGGUCCACUUCCUCAUCAUGAUGAUCCUCUACUUCGACGUCUACACCCAGCGCUUUGACAUCUUCAGCCGCCUGCACAACGGACGCAAUGCCACGCGAGGGGGCGCUGGCGGCCAUCACUACUACUAUAACCUGUCCAGGCCCAAUGCUACGUUCAGUAGCUACCUGGCCACCGCAGACCAGCUGCUGCCCACCAGGAGGUCCCAGAGCAACCACACGCCUACCACCAAGCCCGUGCCACCCUGCCCUGAGAUCCCCCCUGGCCUGGUGGGUCGCCUGCUGAUCGAGUUUGGCUCCCAGAUGACCAUGGAGCGCGUGCAGCGGGAGAACCCCAACGUGACGGAGGGGGGCCGCUACACGCCCCCGGACUGCCAUCCCAAGUGGAAGGUGGCCAUCAUCAUCCCCUUCAGGCACAGGGACAACCACCUCAAGUACUGGCUCCACUACCUGCACCCCAUUCUGCGACGGCAGAAGAUCCACUAUGGCAUCUACAUCAUCAACCAGCUGGGCGAGGACACGUUUAACCGAGCCAAGCUGCUGAACGUGGGCUACACUGAGGCCCUGAGGGAUGGCGAGUACGACUGCUUCAUCUUCAGCGACGUGGACCUCGUCCCCAUGGACGACCGCAACCUUUACCACUGCUACGACCAGCCACGGCACUUCGCCAUCGCCAUGGACAAGUUUGGCUUCAGGCUUCCCUACGCAGGCUAUUUUGGAGGGGUGUCGGGGCUGAGCAGAAAACAGUUCCUGAAGAUCAACGGUUUCCCCAACGAGUACUGGGGCUGGGGAGGAGAGGACGACGACAUAUACAACAGGAUCACCCUGAAUGGGAUGAAGGUGGCCAGGCCAGACGUUCGAAUCGGACGCUACCGGAUGAUCAAGCACGAGAGAGACAAGCACAACGAACCCAACCCACAGAGGUUCAACAAGAUCCAGAACACCAAAAACACGAUGAGGCGAGAUGGCAUCAGUUCGCUGUCGUACCACCUGGUCCAGGUGAAGAAGUACCCCCUGUACACCAACAUCUCAGUGGAGAUAGGGAAGCCCCCACCCCGACCCUUCAGGGGAUAGGAGCGGAGGAGAGGACGGACGGAGGGAGGAGGGAGAGAGGCGCGAGUGGACACGGACGACGUGAUGACAAUGUGCACAUAGAGCCCCCCACCCCUCUCUAUUUCACUCACUUUCACUCUCUUUCUUUAUGUCUCUCGCUCUGUCUCUCUCUCUAUGGAUCCGAAAGAGAGAGGGCGAUCUGUGGAACACCCAGGCCUACACUUGUCGUCCUUCCCCCAAGCCCAGGUUUGGUAACUCAGCGCCCUGCAGUAGAGGGAAACACCUCCUUCUAUGGUGCACUGGCCACAAAACGUCCAAGCUGUAAAUGCUAGCCUCGAUCGUGCGACCUCAACCAAUGGCAGGCCUUAAAACUGUGACCAGAAACAGGCCUUGAGACUGGGAUUCUAAGCAAUGGCAGGCCUAGAUCUGGGGAACCCGGUUCCUGGGAGGAGGGUGGAGAAGGGGGUUAGCUCAGGAAUAGGUAAGAAAGAUAUAUCAAAGCAGAUUCACUCAGACUCGACUGUGGAAAUGCACACGGGUGCAUACACACACAGCUACACACAGCAGUGAAGAGGAACAGGUGUAGUAUGCUGGGAACUGGUCCUACUGUACACACACAAACGCAGUGUGUAUUCAGGAGUUAUAUCAGAUUACUUACAUGUUGGUGAUUCAUAAACAAGGAUGGUGUGACUUUGGAUCCUAUGAAACUGGGUGAUUUUCAAGACUUCUAUGUGAAUCUCUUUGUCAAUCGAAUCAAAUAUCUUGAAUUGAAUGUUUUUCUCUACUAUCCCUGAUCUCCUUGGUGACUAACACUCCUAGAAUGAAGAGAGACAAUGUGUACCGGUAUCUCUAGUGGUCUUUUUUGGUGUCUUUUUUUGUGUAGCAAAGGAUUUGUGACUAUCUGAGGAAGGGAGAGAUGUAGUCCUGGAUAUAGUGUCCAGUGUUGGUGCAGGACAUUCCAGAAACUGCUAUAGACCUGGAAAGGUGAAGCGAGUUGAACGUAGCAUAUAUGCUGGAUCUACAGGCGACUGGACAAGGAUAUCCGCUGAAUCCAGAGCUAGCUACCAGGAUGUUCUGAGUCCAGAGGCAAACAAAUCAGUAUUUUCUGGACCUGAGGGUGGUUUUAAAGAAGGAUCUAAUAACAGUUCAUUUUUGCUCACAAAGGAAAUAAGAAGCGGUGAACUCUGUAAAGUCUGGACUCUGUUCUGAUCUGAACUAACUGUAGAAGAAAGCUUGUGAGCUCAGCUAUAUGACAAUGGCGCCCUAUUGCUCAAAUAAUCCAUGAUAAUUUUCCUCCAACGAGACUCAAAUCUUUUGUUCAAUGCUCUUGUCUUUUCUUUACCAUCUACAUCGUUCACAAGACAAUGAUCGGGUAUUGAUGAUCCAUGGGGAAAGUUGUGAUGUCCGUCCUCAAGGGCGAAUAGAUUAAACAUCUGUAUAAGGCAGAGCCCAACAUACAUGAGCAUUGCCCUGUGACAGACAAAGUGAUGGGCUAGUUUUCUUGGGUGUAUUAACCUGGUCUAAUCAAGAAAUAAACAGUUUGGCCCAAACGUCUGAGACCGCUAGUCAAGAUACAUAGAUUUUGCAUUUGUUUCGAAUGUAACACAAAUAUUGUAAUUACAAAUUUUAUUGGCUUGACAAUUUGGGUAAAAAACAUUUUUGUGGUCACAGACUUUUGGACCAUACUGUGUGUAAUGCAUCUCACAACUUCCCCUACUGGCCUGCAAAAGCCUUUUAAUGUCUUAAUUAAGCUUCUCACCUCUCCUUUUUCAUUUGUUUUCUACUGCCUAAACACCAAACUGAUGCCUUCAGAAUUUGUAUUGAGAGGCAAAAUAGGAAUGCUGCAUUCUGGGAAUAGAAGUUUUUUUGUAUUGUAGUGUGAAGUGACGUUGGUGAUCUCUCUUUUGUACUAUCAGACAGCAUCUCUUGACCAGGCUUGAACACGGUGAGGCUGUAGAGAAAGCCCCUCUCAUUAACUCCCAGCCUUCUCUCCAUGGAGGGUCUUCCCCCUUUUUCUCAACAACCCCCAUCUCUGCCUUUCUCUUUUCCCCCCUGCCAUCCCUCUCUCUCCGUCUCACCAUCAUGUGCCCAGUGUGAAUACCAGUUUUUAUUCCCUCAUGGACACUACCCCCUCUCUCAACAUGUUUUCCAUUUUCAAUUAUCUUGGCCUCUAUCUGUCUCUUUUUCUCUCUCUCUUUUUCUCUCUCUUUUUUUCUCUCUCUUUUUCUCUCUCUGUCUUUGACGCUAUCCACUCUAUUUUCUCUCUGUCUGAUCUAUUUAUAGAUCUAUAUCUGGAUCUCACAAGCAUAUCAUUUUGCUGCCUUUAUUUCUGAGUGCAUUACUAUUACUAUAUAAACUACUGGUGACUACUGGGGACUAAGCUCAGCUAGUGCAGGAGUGUUCUUCCGUAUCAGUGUCAUAUCAUAAGUGUUAUGUAAUAGUACAGGUUUGCUGUUGUACAUACUAACCAAGACAAGGCAUCCUUCUUUGGUGAAAAUGUCAAAUAUAGCACAAGUAUAGGAACAUAUCUGACCAUGAGUACUCACUACAAUGCAGUAUAACUAACCAGGUGCGAAUAAACCUACUCGUAUUUGUCCACUCCCACCGGCCUGCAAUCAGAUAGUUGGUAUUGCCUUGUGUUCCGAGCAAUUUAAUGUGGUGCAGUAGGUCCUCUCAUUUUAAUAACACAAGUUUUCCCCUGGCCCAAAAUAAAGUAUUUUAUCAUUUAACCAUCAUCCUCUUCAGGAAUUGGAUCUCGAUUUGAAGCCAGGUUUAUCUAAAAGCCCUUCUCUCUCAUCGUCACAGCACUCCCGAGGAGGAAGGAAGUGAAGUAUAGGCAACAGAGGAUCAUGGGAAAAAGAGUUCUGUAAAACAUGGGUACCAGAGGUCCGCUCCACAUUCUACUGACAGCAUCAAGCCUUCAAGGCUGUGUGCAUUUUUCAAGAUUUCCUGUAUUUACUGUAGGUUUUUUUGUACAUUGAAUGUUGAAAAUGUUAUAUCUUAUAUAGAAUGCAUAAUGUCAUAUCAAACCUACUUUUUCUAUACAAUCAAUAAAUAUCCUGGUCAA